GUGACAGAGUAUAAAAAGGCAACGGGCCACAGAGAGCGCACUCCGCUUUUGGCCGAGUUGGCAGCUGAAGGAGAGUGCUCGGAGCCCAGCUGUCUGUCCAAGGACCGACCUCACACCCUGCGCUCCUUUAUGGGGAUCCUUAUCUCCAUCUUCAGUCGAGGCCAUCGGAGGAGGGCGGUGAUGGGUGCUCGCACCUCCACGACGUCCCGCAGCUCAUUGUCCGCAGUGGACACAGACACUAUCAGUGUGACGUGGGGGCAGCCCGUGCCUCCAACAGUGCCUCCACAGUCCUCCUCUGUGCCGCACGACAGCACAGAGCAGACGGUGUGGAGGGCCCUGGGAGAGAGCGGGCAAGGGAUGGCCAAGCAGGAGGAAGUCCCCACAGUCACAGGGAGGAACGACGACCAGAGAAGCGGCCCCGAUGACACCGGGGGCACACGAUCUGCAUUUAGGCCCCUGGGGGGCUCUUUCUUCGUGCCCAGGCCUGGACCUCUGCAGAGAGACCUCCAUGCCAAGAGGGCGGAGGACAGAUCCAACAUAAAACUCCAGACCUCUUGUAUGAGCUCCAGCCCCCAAAGAAACGCCAGCACGAGCUCAUAUAGCUCCACCCGAGGUUUCCCGCCAGUGAAGAGAAGGAGGGGUCCCGCCAUACCGCAAGGGCUGCCCCAGAAGUACACAAAGAAAGGGAGCGAGGAGGGCCUUCCGUCGCCCUCUGCAGCUCCGCUGGUUUCCCAGAGGAAAAGCCCGCCUGACAAAGAUGCAGAGGCAGGAAGAGGGCAGAAACGGCCCUGGAGGAACGACUCCCGCACAUCUGACAGUCCGAGGCCCCGAAAACGCAGGUUUCCUCUGCUGCCGCACAGGCGAGGGGAGCCUCUGAGGCUGCCCCCAACCCCUGAGCCGGGUUUCCGGGUCACCGCCGAAGACCUAGACUCGGAGAAGGCAGCAGCGUUCCGGCGCAUCAACAGUGCGCUGCGGGGUGAGACCUAUGCCAUCGGGGGCCUGGGCGCCACGCAGCCUUCGUGUCCUUUCCCCCUGCCUGCCACAGCGGCUACUUCUCUGCCAGCUGUCGCUGCAGACCCCAGCAGGGAUCCACAGCUGGAGAGAUGCG